GAAAAUUAGCUGAACAUGCGCAGACAAGAAUAAUUGAGCAGUAAACUUCCGGAGGAAAAAAAAUAAAUAAAAUGUGCUGAAAAUCUGAAUAACAAAAAAAGUCAAAAAUUAUAAAUAAAUCAUGAAAGGAAAAGGAAAGGCUCCACAAGACAAGGAUAAGGAUCGUGAUAUUAAAGACUGCCCACUUCAGUUCCCUGAUCUGAACACUGUAGAUCACAAUAAAGACUGCAUCAAAUAUGCUCAAGUGGUUUCAAGGGAGGAGGGUGGACACAUCAGUCUGGAGGAGCUGGACCAGUUGCAAGCAGACAUUGAAAUACUCCUAGCCUCUGUAGGAAAGAGACUUAGACAGUUGGGCUCAGAAAAUAAUAUCCUUGCGAGUUGGCCUGAAAAGAAAGAUGGGAAAAAAUCUGUAGGAAAAGGGCCUGAAACUCCAUCUAGGUCAAGCACGCCUACUAAAAGAAAAGGAACUCCUACAGAUGAGAGAGAGAGAUCUUCAAGUAAAAAGUUUAAAGAUUCCAAUGGCCGCCCGUCCCAGCCUUCAACGCCAACCUCAGGGCCUAGAAGCAAAGGGAAAAAUUCACAGUCCAAAGGUCAGUCUGAAGAUCCUACUGGUUCUGACACAUCCAUCUCUGAGACACCAAAAGUGCCCAAGAAUGAUGCUGUGAAUAGGUUUUGGUUGUCUGUGGAGCCUUUCUGUGCACCCAUCAGCACUGAUGACUUACGAGUAAUUGAAGAAAUGUUGAAGGCUCAUGAGGAUGAAGUGGAGUACAUGAAAAUUCCUCCCCUUGGUGUGCACUAUACACAGAGGUGGGCUGAGGAAGAUCUGCUGGAGGAGCAGAGUGAUGGUUCCAGGAUAACAGAAAAGAAAAAGUCUUCCGUCCAUGCCAGCAAUGGUGUCAAUGGCACCACUAAUUCUGAUGCAGCCACAUUGUUAAAAAAAGCAGAGUAUAAGAAAUAUGAUUACUUCAUGGAUGAUUCCCCUUUUGGUCCUCUGACUCAGAGAUUGAUUUCAGCUCUCAUUGAAGAUAACCUGAUGACGCCUAUUGAUGAUUCUAUGACAGAUACUGCUGAAUGUGCUGAUGAGGCGCCAGCUAUAUCCCCUCGUAUGCUGGCUAAACAACUCAACAUUGGUAACCCAGCCACUCUGGAGAGGAGAAUACGUAAAGAGCUUGAAGAACAAGGCAUUCUGGAGAAAGAAGCUGAAGAAGAGGAUGACCCCAAUGAUGAAAUUUUGGCUGAGCUGAGAAAGAAGCAACAAGAGCUGAGAGCCAUUAGUCAACAAAAUGUUAACAUACUGAAGAGUUUAUAUAGGCAGGGGCAGGAGGACAUGGCCAGACAGGAUUUGAAGAAGAAGCUGCAGGCUGUAGAUGCUGAUGUGAUGGAUGCUUACAGGAAAAUUCAAAUUGCUAGGCAAAAAAAGAAAUCCCCCACAAAGAAGGAAAAAGAAACCAUUAUGAAAGUACUCAAAGACAGAGAAGCUCUGAUCAAAGCUUUGGAAUUGUAAGAACAUGGGUUUCUCUCGGAAAUGGCUUAAGUAUUACGACUGCCCUAUCUACAGAAUUCAACGCUGAAUUCCAUGAAGUUGACAAACUGACUCAACAGCCAGUAUCAGUAGCAUACAGUGUGUCACCAACUUUUAUGCUCCAUUUUGUCAGUUAAACUGCAUUUAUUGAAGUUAUAAGUUUAUAAAAGUUGAUGUGUUGGCUGGUCUACUGGACAUGAUGCAUAAUCACCUUUCAGAGCAAUAAUAACUGAAAGGAUAGUUUUUUAAAGUCAGAAGCUAGACCCCCAUCGACAAUAAUAAUUUGUAUUUCUAUGGGCAAGUCUUUGACUAGUACAGUUACACUGUUAAUUUAUGGUCUAUCAACUACAUGGACAUGUAUCAAUGUUGUCAUUAUUUACGAUGACUAAACUUGUAGAACCUAAUUUAUUUUAUUUUUAAUAAAUUUUCAAUGUUUCUAAUUUAAUCUAUAGAAAACUUUUAAAAAAAUAUAUUUCCUGAAUCAAUUAGUUGUCCCUUUUUUUUUAGUCAAAUGCAUAUCCCUUCAGAAAAAAAAUCAAGAGUCUUUGAGGACCAGACGUGUACAAAAUUUGACACAUUGAAACAUGUGAACUGAGUAUAGCAAAUAUUGGUUAACGCAUACCCUAAUAAGAAACUCAAACAUUUAAACAGUUAUAUUAGUUUCAAAGAGAUGCUUCUACUUUCAGUGAUAGUACAUCACUUGAAUCUAAACAGCAAGCAAAACUGAAUGCAAAUCCUUGUCACAAAUCAUUAUUUAUAUUUAUUACUGAAGGUAAUCUUAGUUAUACAUGUGUAGGUAUGUAUUGAUUGAUUUGAAACAUUUAAGCUUAUCUAAGACUGCUUUGCUCCCAGAGGCUGUAUGGAUUUCAUUACAUUUUUUAAUCUUAGAGACUUAUGACUCAAACUAAUAUUAAAUUUAAUUAGUAAAAAAAAAAUAUUUUUUUUUUUUUAGAAUGUUUCAACUGCAAAUAAAUAAUGCAACCUCCACAUAUUUUCUUCAAUUUUUUAAAUCAUAAAUAAAAUGAAGUCAAUAUCACCAUCACCUCUCCCAGAGUCUGUUGAAUCGUUGGGCACCACACAAGAUCUGUCAAUCGUCUUUCUACAUUCCUCUCUGUCCUUCGCCUUAGAUAGAAUUUCAUACAAUGACAGGCCUGUCCAUUCUUUGAUGAUAUCUUCCCAUUAUUUCCUCUGUCUACCUCUUCUUCUAUUUCCUGGUACAGUUCCCUGAAGUCAAUUAAUGUUGCUACAAAACAUUACUGACACUUGAGAGCAAGUCUGUCCUGCAAGAUACAACUAAUACCAUACACGAUAUGACAUUAAAGUACUAUAGAAAAAAGUGAACAUGUAACCUCAAAGAUGUAAAGCAACAAAGGAUUUCACUAUCUGUUGAAAAUGAUAAUCCAAAUGUUCAGAUUACCUGCGUUCAAGAAAUAUUUUUUUGUAUUCAUUUCUUUAAAUAAAAUGAGCAUUCAAUGUGAUUUUCUUAAAAUUGUAAUGCCUAAAUCUCUAUUUAAAAAAACACUGCCCACGUUUAGAGGUUAGCUGGAAAAAAAACUUUCUAAUUUAAAACUGAAAUGUUCAAAUAUGUCUGAACUAUUUGAAUGUUUCCAUACCUUUAUGCAUGCAUUGUUACUAGUGUAUGAAGGAUUAUGAAAUGACUUUCUUGAUUAAAAAGUGUUUUGGUUGUGAGAACUUUGGGACAGUUGAAUUACUGCUGAUGAAAUCUAAUGAUAUGACUACAAUGUUGUGUGGUCCUGAUGUGACUGUAUUAUGUUGGGAAGCGCUUAUGUGACUGUAUGAUGUGUUGUCCUUUGUUAUCUUAUUAUGUUGUAUGGUUCUUAUGUGACUAUUACACAGCAUCCUGUUAAAAUUUUAUAUUUUGUGUUAUAUUUAUAAAAUUUUGUGGUGUAAAAUGUUGCCCGCAUUACAGUUUUAUUUUUUUGCGUAAUGUUUUCAUUUUAAUUUUUUUUUAUCUUUAAAAAUGUCAGCACUGAAGAGAUAUACUUUGAGAAUCUUUUUUAACGUUUUUAUACAUUAAAAAGUUAUUGAUUUA